UCAGGCUGUCUGGGUCAGUUUGACGUAUGUGGUCAAGCCCCCUUCAACACCAAGAUUAUUGGAGGGCAGAAUGCGACGGCAGGUUCUUGGCCGUGGCAAGCCAGCAUUCACAAACUGUCCACUGGAGACUAUAUCUGCAGCGGGACGCUAAUCAAUAAAGAAUGGGUUUUGACUUCAGCUUACCAUGUCCAAUACAUCAGUGUUUCUGAAAUUGUGAUCUACUUGGGGCGUCUGACCCAAAAUGGCUCAAACCCACAUGAGAUAUCCAGGACAGUGACUGAAGUCAUCAAACAUCCUAACGACAGUCUAGCACUGCUUCAGCUCUCUUCUUUUGUGACUUUCACUGAUUACAUUAAGCCAGUCUGUCUGGCGGCUGCCGGUAGUGAGUUUGACGCUGGGACAGAGAGUUGGGUCACUGGAUGGGGCUGGAACAGAUUCGAGUUUCUUGACAUACUGCAGGAGUUGGAGUCCCCUGUUGUGGACAACACUGCAUGUAAUGCUGCAUAUGAAACAUUUGUUACAGACAAACAUAUAUGUGCUGAAUUUUUAGAUGGGAAAGGACCAUGUGCGAAAGAUGAUGGAAAUCCACUGGUCGCUAGGCAGGGCUCCGUGUGGAUUCAGUCUGGAGUUUUUGAUAGUAGAUUUGGAUGUGGUCUACCCGGUUUUCCUACUUUAUACUUUAGAGUGUCUGAAUAUCAGGACUGGAUCAGUAAUUACACAAGCAGCAGCGAGCUUGGAUUUGUCUCAUACCCCAUUGUUCCUGUCAUUGUUUCUGUCCUUGAUGGAGGCUCAGUCAACAUCCUCUCAUUUUCCUAUGUUCUCGCUUUCUUCAUCAUCCCUCUUAUCCUGCUUUCUUAA